GCUCCCCGCCCGCUGACACAAAGCGGAUCCAAGAUGGCGGAGGCGGGCGCGGGGAGCCUGCACGGGGGGGACGCGGCGGCGGCGGCGGGGCCGGGGCCGGGCCCGGCCGAGGAGCAGGAGCUGAGCCGGCGCCUCCGCCGCCUCUACCCCGCCGUCAACCAGGAGGAGACGCCGCUGCCGCGCUCCUGGAGCCCCAAGGACAAGUACAACUACAUCGGCCUCUCGCAGGGCAACCUCCGCGUCCACUACAAAGGUCACGGUAAAAACCACAAAGAUGCUGCCUCAGUCAGGGCCACGCACCCCAUACCCGCAGCUUGUGGCAUUUAUUACUUUGAGGUGAAGAUCGUCAGCAAAGGUAGAGAUGGGUAUAUGGGAAUAGGACUUUCUGCUCAAGGGGUCAACAUGAACAGGCUUCCUGGAUGGGAUAAACAUUCUUAUGGGUACCACGGUGACGAUGGGCACUCCUUCUGCUCCUCGGGCACAGGACAGCCCUACGGCCCCACGUUCACAACUGGAGAUGUGAUUGGUUGCUGUGUCAACCUGAUCAACAACACCUGCUUCUACACAAAAAAUGGCCACAGUUUAGGUAUAGCCUUUACAGACCUCCCUUCAAAUCUCUACCCUACAGUGGGUCUCCAGACUCCAGGAGAGAUAGUCGAUGCCAACUUUGGGCAGCAGCCCUUCGUGUUCGACAUCGAGGACUACAUGAGGGAGUGGCGAGCGAAGAUUCAGAGCACCAUUAAGCGGUUUCCCAUAGGAGACAGACUAGGCGAGUGGCAAGCCAUGCUGCAGAAUAUGGUUUCUUCAUAUUUGGUUCAUCAUGGGUACUGUUCAACAGCAACUGCCUUCGCCAGAGUCACAGACACCACAAUCCAGGAAGAACAGACCUCAAUAAAGAAUAGACAAAGAAUACAGAAGCUAGUAUUAGCAGGCAGAGUGGGAGAGGCUAUAGAAGCCACCCAGCAGCUCUAUCCUGGCCUCCUAGAACAUAACCCCAACCUGCUCUUCAUGUUAAAGUGUCGGCAGUUUGUGGAGAUGGUGAAUGGGACAGACAGUGAAGUACGUUGUUUCAGUGCACGCAGCCCCAGAUCCCAGGACAGUUACCCAGGGUCCCCCAGCUUAAGUCCUAGACAUGGAUCAAACAACUCACAUGUUCAUAGUACUGGAGCAGAUAGUCCAACCUGUAGCAAUGGAGUCAUGUCCACAAAGAGCAAACAGAGCCACAGUAAAUACCCAACACUGAGUUCAUCAUCUUCAUCUUCCUCCUCCUCCUCCCCCUCAUCUGUGAACUACUCGGAGUCCAAUUCUACAGAUUCUACCAAAUCUCAGCAGCACAGUAGUACAAGUAACCAAGAAACCAGUGACAGCGAGAUGGAAAUGGAGGCCGAGCACUACCCCAAUGGAGUCCUGGAAAAUUCAUCCACCAGGAUAAUGAACGGCACCUACAAACAUGAAGAGAUCCUGCAGACGGAUGAAUCCAGCAUGGAAGACAGCUGCUCCCAGAGGCAGCUCUGCGGAGGGAACCAUGCUGCUACAGAGCGAAUGAUCCAGUUCGGGCGGGAGCUGCAGAUGCUGAGUGAGCAGCUUUGCAGAGAAUAUGGCAAGAACACAAUGCACAAAAAGAUGCUUCAGGACGCAUUUAGCUUGUUAGCUUACUCAGACCCUUGGAACUGCCCUGUUGGUCAACAGCUGGACCCAAUCCAGAGGGAACCUGUUUGUGCUGCUCUUAAUAGUGCUAUAUUGGAAUCUCAGAACCUGCCAAAGCAGCCCCCACUGAUGCUUGCCCUGGGCCAGGCCUCGGAGUGUUUGCGGCUCAUGGCUCGCGUGGGCUUGGGCUCCUGUUCCUUUGCCAGAGUAGACGACUAUUUGCACUAGCCACCAGAGCAAGAUGGAGUUGACAUCGUUGAGUGCUGCCCUUCACCCUCCGUUGCUGCCACUACAGCACCACCUCGUCUAUAGCCUGACGUCCCUGCCACCAACACCCCCUCUAGCACACACACACUGCCUGUGAAAGGAUUGAGUUAGUCCCUCACUACGUGGCCAUUCCUGCCCCCAGGAGUGACUGGCAGAUCUUUCUUGUCUCCCUGCCAUUGCUGCGGCUCUGGCGGCGCUCAGUAUUUUGCUGGUUAUUCUAACGUAGCGCCUUCCAACGUAGGGAUUUCUCUAUAUUUUGAUUUGAUUGUUUCUCAUGGAUCCACCAGUAUUUUAUCUGGAGAGUUUUGCUGAGCUGGUUUCUGCUGAUUUACAGAGGAAGCUCAUGAAGUUGGUGACAGCUUGUUCUUUUCUUCCCUCCUCCCUCCAUCUGUGCACAUGCAGCAUCAUCUUCUGUGCUAGUUACCUGAACUCUUCUCACAGUGGCAGUUCAGAGGGAUUUUUCUUUUUUAAUUUUAUUUGAAUCCUGUUUAUUAAAAAGGUCUCUUCCACCUCCACAAAGUCAUUGAUGUAUUUAUUGCCCAGAGACUUGGGCCCAGCCAUACACAUCAUACAUCCCCGCAGGAGACCUGGUGAGGUAUGUCCCGUCAGGUGGUAAUGACGGGAAUUGGAGGAGCUUGGUUUUUACUGGUAUAUGCCUCUGUAAGAGCACAGGGCUCUCAAGUGCUUGUCUUUGUGGGUGAGAAGAGUAGAAGACUUGACAUUGCCUGUGUUAGUUGCUGCAGUGUAGAAGCAUCUCUCGUCCCCAAGAAGUGGGUAAAUCUAUCUCUCACAGUGGCUAGGGGGACAGGACUGACUAAUACGGAAUCAUCUGCCAGUGUACUGGUAGAAGUAGAUCAUAGUAAGAAAAAGUUGUGGUUGCUGCUCAGUUGGGCUGUUGGCUUGUGUGUUAUAUCACAAAUCCCCAUUUUUUUCCAUACAGGAGGGCUCUGUCACCAAGACUCAAUAAAAUAGUGUUUACUGAUCCCCCAUAACACUGAUCUAAACAAGAAUCGCUAAAUUUUAGAAGAAUCUUAAGAACACUAAGUUGAACUGUGCUCAUCCUGCAGGCUUCAAAUGCCCAGACCAGGUUGUGGGUUAGCGCCAGGGCUAGGUUUGUAUGGUCUGAGACGUUAAGACAGGAGCAGCAAUGUUUCUUUGGAGGAUUGUUACGAAAAUGAUUUUAGUUUCAAGUCCAAAAGUGAUCAGCAAGGAUCUGUGGGUGAGUAACCUCCAGGUAGGAUGGACAUGGCAAUGACUGCUGUGGUCCAGGGACUCAAGUCCUAAGCUUUUGGAAUUCAAACCAUCAGCCUGUAAAUGUUUCUGAGCGUGUAGUUUGAGCUGGUGAGGCUGUGUAGCAGGAUGCAGGCUUUGCAUCCUCCUGUAGUGUAUACCAUCAGGAGGCUUCUGUUCCACUCUGUCUGCACAGGAGGAAUUGUGAUUCUGCACCAAAUGAAUUUAAGGUCUGUAGCUGUGACAAGAGCCCAGGGGAGCUCGUACCCAACAUGUAUUUUACUGCUGUUCUUGAUUUUAUUUUAUUUUUCUGGAAGGCUCAAAGUAAAAUAAAUAGAUUGUGUUGAGGUUUGCCCUUAAAAUGGUAGUUAGCCUGUGCCAGAGCUUUAAGCAGCAAGAGAGCAUCUAAGAAAGAAAGAUUGUGUGUGAACUCAGUGCUGUAGCCUGGAGCUUAUUAAACUUUUGCUGCAUUUGCAGACUUGAUUUACAGCUGGAACGCAAAGUUUGAAAUUGAGGCAGAGCAGGAGGGCAAGCAUGCAGAGUAAGACUGGUUGUGGCAGUGCUGAGGACAAAUGGUUGUGGCUGUGUAUGUGCAGGUGGAGGUGGUGUUGGAGGUGGCUGGAAAUGCCUGUCACUACCUUUUGGUGAAGGUAUACAGUGUGUAGAGGCAGUGCUAGUGCCAUGGUGGUCUACAAAAACAGGUAAUGUGACAUUUGUAGAUGGGGGAUAUAUUUUUAUUAGAUCAACUCAUUGAAAAAAAGCCUGAGGGAACUCUGAGAACUGAAGCCAUACUUCUAAAUAAGUAGAAGUAGGUAGUAAGCAAAAUAAUUCAGCGUGGAAAUCUGGGGCUUCUGUUUAAAUUCAGAAGAGCUCAUGUGCCUGAAAACUUACCAAUUUAUUUUCACCUUUCCUAGUCAGCUCAUGAUGGAUAUUAUCCCAACCUACAGUCCUUACGUUGCUUCAGUUGCUCAGACACUUCAACUCAGUGGGCAGGCUUCCUUCCUGGAGUGCUGGAUGCUCGACCUGCGCGUGGUGCCUCACCCAGCCCGUCGUGCCCCAGUGCUGUUGCUGAAACUGAGGCAGUGAACUUGUCCCGGUGAGAGAUUCUUCUGCAGGCUCUCCAUUUCCCAGACCCAGGCUUAGGGCACACUGGCAGGCUGAUUGUGGGUACUGAGGUUGCACAUACUGCACUUAAGUGGUUUUGCCUUUCACAUUUGGCUGCUUCCUGUGCUGUUGGUUAUCAUUUAACUUGUUGCUGUCUGGGUGUAGUCAGACUUCCUUUAAUUUAUGUUAAUGAGGCCAUCUUUAUCUCUCUGAGUUUUCCGUUCCUUCUUUUUGUUGUAAUUUGUGGUUCCAUUUAAGCAAAGUCUCUUUGUUGUGUAUCACAUUAACGUCUCCCUUGGUCUCUCAGCAAAGCUGUGCUGACUCCUAGAGCAUUUUUUCAUUUUCUAUCCCCUUUCACUACAAAGAACCAAGAGAUGCUCCGAAAUACCUGCUUAUUCUGGUGCCAAGAGAAAUGUGAUGAGGUGGUCUUCCUGGCUUUUCAUGGAGACUGUUCCAGUGGUAGAAACCAUCCUGCUGUUGUGUCAAGGUUAGUGCUGAGAGGCCACAUUCUUAAUUAUGUUAAUUGCAUGUAGCAGGGCUGAGUCACUCUUUCUGCCACUGAUGCUGUGCAUCGUAUAGUGGCAGUAGAUCCCUGCAGUCUGGAGAGCAGUGAUGCUUUUCACUUCUUGCACUCAAAGCAGCAGUGCUAGGUUGAGUUGUUUUUCCCCUUUCUACUUGAUCCAAUUUUUAAUUGGCCUCACAACUGUAACCAACACACGUUGCUGCGGCCAGCUUCUGGUGAGCUCUUGCAUCCGGAGUCCUGCUUCUGUUUUUUGGGAAGCUCAGAGGCUUUUCUGCUAUGACGUGUUCUGUUAUUUGGUUUUUGGUUUCAGGUUUUCUUGCAGCGUCACUAGUGGAUUCUGCUUGUUGUGCUUAGGUUCUGACUAAUGUGAUUAUGAAUCACUGUGGGCAAGAUGAAUGUAUGCAGUGUUGGGGAACGUGUAGGUGUAGGCUCAAACCUACCAUUGUUUCCUAGGUGAGAUUUCUGAUUUGGUUUUCCCAGGUUAUUUUUAAAAGCCUCCUGGUCUUUGAGUUUUCCUGGCUAUUCCUUGAUGAUUUAUAUUUUGGAACCUUGCUAUGAUAUCGGUGAGAUUGAUUUGAAUUGUCGCAGUCAUUUUAAAAAAAGGAACGGAACUAAAGUGAAUUAAGGUCUUUAAUUUUGAGCACGGAUACAGUAUAACCAGAGGCUUCAUGCAGUUUAAAAGUUAGUUUUAUAAAAGGAGUUUGGGAUUUAUUUCAAGUGCCUCCAUGUUUUGCUCAGAAACAGGUGAAUAAGUGAGAGAGGCCUUAAGAGCACCCCAGCUGAGGCUGUGCUUUAUUUGGGCAGUCCCUCACAGUGUCACUUCUCUCAAGAGGCCUUCAGUAAGGCCACACAAUUGUGUAGCUGCUCGGAGAAACUGCUGCUUUCCCAUUUCUUGGCGAGGCUAACAAGGUCUCAGCUGUGCCCCUGUGUUAUGAUGCUGAUGGCAUCGGAUGCAGGACCUUCACCACAUGAGGUUGCCAUGUAGCUUGCUCUGCUGAGCUGCCUUCAGAUCCUAGAAGAGAGGUUUCCAGACUACAGCCACGGGCUACUCACAGUUCAGGAAACAUUUCUAUCCAUGCAGCCACAGGAGAGGCUUUCUAGCUGUGGUUUCCUUCCCAGGGCAUGUGAAAUGCUGCAGCUUGAACAACUUUUCCAACUCUGCCAUCUCUGCACACUCAGAGAACCUCAUGCCUCAAGUGGUCAGUGCAGAGUCACCACCACAGCUACAGCCUGUGGGCUGGCAGACAAGAGCCUUUCAGAAGAAUAACUUCACAGUGACCAAGUGAAAAUCUGCUUUCCAUGGAUGCUGAACUGCAGCCCUGCACAUCAUGAGCUUUGUUUUUGAGACCAAAGUCUUGCCUUUGAGAACAGUGUCCUGGGAACCCAACGCUUACGGGGUUCAGUGAGCUCUCCUGUGGGCAGGGAGGGCAGCGCUCUGUCCCCUGCGCAUCCUGAGAUGUGCUCUUAGGGCCAGCUUCUUGUGGGAAAACUUGUUACUGCUACCAGAUCUCCCUUCUUGCCCCUUUGCUUCUCAAAUUCACAGUAUUCUCCCACCUGUGUUAACAUCAAGGUGAUACCUGCAGUGUUCGGUGCUCCCUUCAGCCUGGAGUUGGACUGCCCGUACCACUUCUGCUGUUCUUUUGGGGUCUGGUUAGGAACUGAGCCACUGCAUGUGGCCAGCAGAAUGGAGAGGGACUUCCAGAAUGAACCACUGGGUAAGCAGCAUCCAGCUAGAGGGGGGCGGCUGUCCUGUGGCUGCUCUCCCUCCCCUCCAGCCCCUCUGUGUGUGCCAGGACUCCAGCUCACUGCUUUGGGAUACGUGGUGCUAUUUCCAACCUCCUGGUUGUGCUCACUGUGCUGCUGCUGAUCUGGACACCAGGCGAUGCCGUCUUUGGCAUGGAAAAUUGGCCCGGGAGUAUUGCAUCUUGUGGUUGUGUACACUUAGGUUUUUCCCAUCUGCCUGGUUAUUCCUUCUGGGAGUUUUUGUUUAUUUUUGUUUUAACAGUGACAUCUCUGCCUGACCUCAGGCUGUGCCCUGAUGUGUCACAGUCUUAUGAAGACAUCCUUAUCAUUCUUGAGAAAGCUUUGUUCUUGAAAACUCCCUUGAACAACUGGAGCGAGGAGAGCUGGGUUCACUAACUGUGGGGAUUGAACUGAUCAUUUUCCUCGUUAGGCAUCAGGCACAACGAAUUAUCUCCUUGUCCAGCAGAGCAAACCUUGUUGGAUUGCUGCGAUGCUGCUAUGCUUUGUUACCUCUCUUAAUACCUGUGUAACACAUUGCUUAAACACAACUUUCAGAGUUCCCUCUGCCACCAAGGGGGUGGCUGAGAAGGCUGGCUGUGGUGGCCAGGCCGUAUAACCACGUGUGAAUGCCAUGAGUGCACAAAACACUGCUGGGAGGUUCUUUCCAUGGAGCAGCAGGUGGAGAGGUCCCUCCCGCUUCAAUUCUGCACACCAUGAAGCCUCAUGGAGCUGGUCACGGUUGUCCUGAAGCUUUUUGGGGCCAGCCAAGGCCAGUUUCAGACCAGCAGUUCCCUCCUGAGAGGUAGAGUUGACCCGUAGCACCUUUGUUAUCCGGUGUAGUUGUGUAUAGAGGACUGGGACAGCCUCACCUGGGAGAGACCGCCCAGCGUUGAUGGGAGAAGGAACCUGUUCCUGAAAAGGUGGUCGUGGUCUGCCCUGGUGUCCCAUUUGCAGGAGGAGUGAUUUCCUUAAAACCGUGCCCAAGUUAAGAGCAGCUUCAGUGGUGGAUCCUGAGGGGCGUAGUGUCCUAGAGAAAGCUGGUGUUGGCACAUCUCUGUCCCUAGCUGCUUCUGCAGAAGGUUGUGAGGGAGGGAGGGGACACGUGCAGUGUGCUGCUGAGACCCUUCUGCUGCUCCAGAACGAGCGGCACUCUGCAGUCCUGCAGCUCCGAGAGCCAAAACUUUGUGAGCAAUGCCCCACCGGCUGCGUAGGUCACAGAGCUGGAGGAAGUGUUGGUGGAGGGGGCGUGGGGGGAAGUGGGGAGUUACAGCACAUUCGGGGAAAAGGGAGCAGCUGAGAGCCUGGAGGCCUCCUCCAAAGGAAGCACCGCCUGCUCUCCACUAUCCCUCCCUGCAAAAAGAGGUGGUGGGUGAGUGAAUAUUGCGUGUCUGUCACUCUCCCUGCAUCCCACACACAAUAUGCAGAGCCUGCAGCUUUGAGCUGUAGCGAUGCCCAACAAACCAAGAGCUCCUCCAGGCUUGAAGAGCGCCUGCCCCGUAUCUUCCUGACAACCAUUUUAUUUCCAGGAGGGAGGCAUAACCAUUUCCAGCUCACAAGAAGAAGGGCCCUGUGUGGGGUUUACACUCACGGUCCUGCAGAAACGUUCCUGGAGGUCAUGCUCCUUGGUGAACUUGCCCUGCCUAGGCAGACACCUUUUCUCUGCUCGCUCCACUUGUGUCCAGGAACGUGCUCUGCUAUCCACACCCCUCUGCUCAGGAGGGCUUUAGCUGCUUCCUUCCUCUCUGAAGAAGCACGGGGGGCUCCUGCAUGCCGGGCUUCUCAGAGGUUCAGGCAUUGAGAAGGAGAAGCAACAGCGGCUCUGGGGAUAAUCAGGAUUUUUCAGAAAAUUUUAAACAUAGAAGUGUGGUGACUUUUUCAGACUAAGUACUCCGCACAGGCAUUCGAUUGGGAUUUUCUCUCUCGGUCCCACCUGUGCGCACUCUUUGUGGCUCUCCAGCCAGGGGGGCAGGAGGAGGCUGCCGGCACCUGAAGCUCCUGCACACGAUCCAGGCCAUUCAGCGGUGCAAGCCCAAGGACCUGCCCGUGACACAGUUAACUCUCUUCUGCUGGUUGCUCAAAACUCAGGUAUGAAAUGCUCAGCUGGAGCGUGGGGAAUGAGGUCUGUGCAGGCUUCCCAUCAGCCCUGGACGAAAAGCCGCAAUUGGGCUGCGACAGAGCAGAUCUCCCUCUGCCGCUCCAGACUUUUCAUCGCCUUUUGAGGGGGGUUUUCCUCCUCGUUGGUACACCAUCAGCUAAAUGGACAUUACACAAAUUGUGCACAUUGGUUCAGUCUAAGCUUAGUAUUUGUGAAUUAAGUUAUCUGAUGCUUCGCAUGAAAACUUCAAAGGGGGAGGGGGGAUUUUAACUGAGAAAAAAAAAAAAAAGCCUAUGAAAAUAUACUGGAAAUAUGGUAAAGAAAUCAACGUUCUGCUGUAUAUUGACAGAAUUAUUUUUAUUAAAAUACACAUCCAUGUGCAAGA